UGCUAGAUUGCCCGCAGUUUAGAAUUGUUGGCGAAUCGAGAAAGAAGCAAUCGAGAGAGAAGAGAAAAAAAGUUCCAAGUCAAAGAAAAUAUAUUUCCAAGCGAAAAAAUUUAAACCGAGCAGCAGCAAAGGAAGCAAAUCGAAAUCGUGCGCAACAAAAAAAGCGAAUUAUCCUGAACCGGUAAAUACAAAAGAAGGGAAUAUUGUGUCACAGAAUAAAAACAACGUUCCUCCCCUACCCUUUCUAAAGGAUAAGGAAGCAUCAGCAUCCAUUAGUGUGCGAGAACGAUACAGCGCAAACUGAGAAAUAGUACGCAAAAAAAAACGAUCCACUUCAACCGCUUUAAGCGAGCGCACGUGUGCGUGAGUUUGCGUGUGUGUGAGCGAUUUGAGUACGAACGCGCACAGUAAAAUUGUCUACAUUGCGAGAGCAAAAUUUGGAUUUCGAUACCGCACGAUAAAACCGUACAUCCUUCCUCCUCCACGGCUCUAAAACGCCAAAGCAAAUCCAGCAGAUUCAUUGCUGGCUAAUAGAGUUUUGUGUUACGCGAGAGAGCGAGAGAGGAUUUCUUCCAGAGCUUGUUUUGUUGGGUUAAGAUUGAUCGCGUUUCCGGAACACACGUUUCUUCUAGGGCAGAAGAAUUUGAAGAAAAAAAAAAUCAUACAUUACUAUUACCUGUGCAAUCAUAUUGUACACGCGGACGUGAAGAGAAAUAGAUCACCCCCUCCCGUGAGAAAUAGAUCAUCAAAAAAAAGUGUGUGCUUAGUGAGAGGUUACCGUGUGCAAAAACAUAAACAUUGAAAAAUACGUUACAAGCACCACCCCUUCACACACUCACUAUAUUGCACGUGAAAGGAGCUGGCUUAAAGAGCAGCGAAGUACGGUGUGAGAAUAAAAGACUUUUUAAUUUAUUUACGUUUGAUAAAGCAGCAAGUGUGCGUCCGUGUGUGUGGAGAAGUGCUAAAUGUGUUGCGAAGAAAGCAGGUCGAAAACGGCGAACAUAAAAAGGAUUGGUGGUUUCAAGAGAAGGUGAAGAAAAGUGCUCCCGGGGAAAAAGAGAAAGAUCAGAUUGAAAGCGUAGAAAAUACAUUCUUCCUACAACAAUAAUAUACGUAUAUACAAACAUACAAAAUCACAAUCACACGAUAAAGAAACACAUUUCAACAGAACGUGGCGAUUUUUGUGUGUGUGGCGUUUCAGCGCACACGCUGUGAAGCAAGGAGAGAAGGCAGACACGAGGAGACACCAACCAAGCAGAUGCUGUCGGCUGCGUAGCUAAUAACGACAAACGGGCAUCAAGUGAUUAACAUUAAACGAAAAAAUUGUGAAUAUUAGAUCGGUAGUGGCUUUAGGCAGUAAGUGUGUGGGUAUAAGGUGAAAGCUGUAAUUUUAAGUGUAAAACAAAAACCCCCGGUACCCAAACCCCGGCGGCGGCGGCGUUGGUGUGUCGCGUAGUCAAAAAGCAAAGAGUAAGAGGAGGAGACUCAUCUUGCGAAAAAGGAAAACAAAAUCAGAAGCAGAAUAAUCACACCACAGCCCCUGUGUUGAACCCCACCGUGAACCGUGUGGCGCAAAUGGCAGCAAAUACCGGCAAAACAUUAGUCUACUUGUAAUUUCGUGCGGAAGGCAAAGCAAAUUGGUGCGCCUGUGUUUGUGUGUGGCGCACAAAAAAUAGGAAAUUUUCUAUUGUUCAAAAAGUAGAGCGAGAGAGAGAGAGAGAGUGAAAAGAGUUUAUAAAAGAAUCAAGAGCUAAAAGUCAACUUGUGUCAGCGUCAUGAUGACUGAAACGUUGAAUUCGAAUAAUCAUCUCAGCCAGAAAGGCGAGAACAACAAAGUUGGUGACAUGGGAUGGAAGGCCAAACUUAAAAUACCGCCCAAAGAUACUAGAGUUAAGACUAGUGAUGUUACUGAUACCCGAGGAAACGAGUUCGAGGAGUUCUGCCUGAAGCGGCCGCUGCUGAUGGGCAUCUUCGAGAAGGGUUGGGAGAAACCGUCCCCGAUCCAGGAGGCGGCCAUCCCGAUCGCCCUGGUCGGCAAGGACAUCUUGGCGCGGGCGAAGAACGGCACCGGCAAGACGGGCGCGUACAGCAUCCCUGUACUGGAGCAGGUCGACCCGACCAAGGACUACAUUCAGGCACUGAUCAUAGUGCCGACGCGCGAGCUGGCCCUGCAGACGUCACAGAUCUGCAUCGAGCUGGCGAAGCACAUGAACAUUCGCGUCAUGGUGACGACCGGUGGAACCAACCUGAAGGAUGAUAUCAUGAGAAUUUAUCAGAAAGUGCAAGUGAUCAUUGCCACGCCAGGCCGUAUCCUCGAUCUCAUGGACAAGGAGGUGGCCAACAUGUCCCAGUGCCGGAUGCUAGUAUUAGACGAGGCGGACAAGCUGCUGUCGCAGGACUUCAAAGGCAUGCUGGAUCAUGUCAUAAUGAGAUUGCCAAAGGAGCGCCAGAUCCUGCUGUUCUCCGCGACAUUCCCACUGAGCGUGAAGAACUUCAUGGAGAAGCAUCUGCGCGAUCCGUACGAGAUCAACCUGAUGGAGGAGCUGACGCUGAAGGGCGUCACGCAGUACUACGCCUUCGUGCAGGAGCGCCAGAAGGUGCACUGUCUUAACACGCUCUUCUCGAAGCUCCAGAUCAACCAGUCGAUCAUCUUCUGCAAUUCGACGCAGCGUGUCGAACUGCUCGCGAAAAAGAUUACCGAGCUGGGCUACUGCUGCUACUACAUCCACGCCCGCAUGCAGCAGGCCCACCGGAACCGGGUGUUCCACGACUUCCGGUCGGGGCUGUGCCGGAACCUGGUCUGCUCCGAUCUCUUCACUCGUGGUAUCGACGUACAGGCUGUGAACGUUGUAAUUAAUUUCGAUUUCCCCAAGAUGGCAGAGACCUACCUGCACAGAAUCGGUAGAUCCGGACGCUUCGGACAUUUGGGUAUCGCCAUCAAUCUAAUCACCUACGAGGAUCGUUUCGAUCUUCACCGCAUUGAGAAGGAGCUGGGCACGGAAAUUAAGCCCAUCCCGAAGGUGAUCGAUCCGGCACUGUACGUACCGCGGCCGGAUGAUCCCAACAGCACGCAAGAGGAGCAAAACGUCAGUAAAUAAGUAAGAAGAACGGAGGAGAAGGAGGAGGAGACGCUUUAGUAGAGGGGUGAGAAGGGUGAAAUGAGUCGUGGCGUGUGUGAUAUAUAGAAUGUUGGUGUGAAUAAUGGUGCGCACAGGGGCGUACAAAGAACGGAGAAAACAUUUAAUUUUUGCACAGAGAGAGAGAGAGAGAACGAAGAAGAGAAAGCAGGUGUGGUGGUACAGAACGGUUUUGGAAUAUCGGGAGAACGAAAGGCAGGGGAAGCGAGAAGAGGAAGGAGAGGAGAAAUGAAGUGUACAAACUACAAACACACAACACAGUAAAAACGUACGUCGCACAGAGUAGGAAAUGUGGUGGAGAUCAAUGACGAGAGCGAGGGAGAAAGCCAAAUAAGUCGAAGGAACUUUUGAUGCGCCGAAGCAUUAUAAUGUAAGUCUUUUCGUUAUCAUCAUGAAUGCCAGAAUGCCAAGUUAUGUGCGCGUGUGUGUAUCGUACGGUGCUUGCGCACUUUAAACAGUGAGGAAAAGAAGAUAUUUUACGUGACCUAAAUUAGAACAAUGUUAACAGAACACAUCAAUGUACACAGAGUCAAUAGCGAAGCGGUGGUGUCUCUGUCCAGAGUGUUGAAAGAUCGAAGGAGAGAAAAAAGAUCAAGAAUCAUUCAGACGUCGUCAUCACUUUUCUUAAGGCCAGAGCAAAGCUUCUCGCCAUCGUACAGAAGAAGCAGCGAUCACCACCGUGGAAAUUUUCAGUAAGCAGUCUUGCCAUCGAAUCGUGAAAGUUCUCGCUAUUGCUUUUCUCAACAACAAUGCCUUUGAGAUUGCGUUAGUCGCGUGGAAACAAGAGAUAUGAUGUUACCCACCUUUCCUAAUGUCGGAAUGAACUUUUAUUCCUUUUUAGAGAAUGCGAGGAAAUUUCAUUAGGACAGUGUUGCACACUUCUGCAGAACACGAGGAACGGGUAAAAUAAUAACGGGUACAUGCUGCUUGUUGUGUACUAUUUUUUUUUGAUUGGGUUGCGUGGACAAAGCGAACAUCGUGUAAGAGCAAUCCAGAGUUUCCGCGUUCUGUCCUGUCCAAUUCGAGCUCUAUGUGUGAUAAUCAGGCUCGAUUCUAGGCGACGCACGAAGAGUCUCAGAGGCAUUUGUAGGGGAAGAGUAUAGAACUCUUUUGACAAAAUUCACCGCGCGCAUACUGAGGGCGGCGGAUCGUUUGCGUACAAGGCCAAGCACACAAGGGGCGUUAGAACCGUUACUUCCUUGACGUGUAGCGCCUGAGCGUUCUCUGCCGUGUAUAGCGAUUCAUCGUCAUUACAUUCAAACGAUUGCAAUUACUUUUUACGUAUAUCGACUUUUUCUAUCGAUGUUGGAGAGCGUAAGAAAUUGUGUGCGAUUUCCUUUUUUUUUGUUGUUGUGUGAAACAGGCAAUCGUCAUUCGGUGUCGUUGCUCAAAACGUUAGAGAAUACUUUCUAUCCCGAUUUAUAGGCCAACAGACGAACGCGUAUUUAUUCUUACCACACAUCAUCAAGUGUACCUCAUUCCUCUCUUCGUUCCUCCGUCCCCGUAUCGUUCUUUGUGUCUCCCAUAUUCGGUACCAAAAUCAUAAAACAAAACCAUUAUAUCAUGCAUUAUGCAACUAUUCCUACUACUACAGCCAAGCGUAGAGAAAGAGGGAGGUGGGAAGCCAGCAAACAAAAGGCGUGAAAAGCGCAGUAAGAAGAAAACAGAUCAGUCUGCGCGUGUUAGCUCCCUGUUGACCGCGCAGAGGCAAAUUUGGAAAACAAAACAGCAGGGGGGAAAGUAUGGAUUUUUAGAAUGUGAUGAACGAAGCAGCGAAUGAAACGUUUCUGUGGAAGGAUGGGAAGAUAGUAGGCAGACAGGCAAAAGGAGAAACCGUAUACAACAAACGUGGUUACAAUAGCUGGGAAGAAAUCAGGAACUCUUGGUUUGAUAAGAUUAUGUUCGAAUCGGAAUGUGAGUCAAACGGCUAACACUACAAAAUGGAGGAAAUUGUUUUGGACGCAGAUUUUUUGUUUGUUUGUAUUAUUGAGCGCAUUACAUUUGAAUUCUUUUUGGUUCGUAAUCGUUAUUUCCCUCUCGACGGAAGAAUCAUGGUCGAUACUACUACACAUAUAUGUUUCUGAACAAUAGUGUGGUGUGUUGCUCUGUUGCUGUGUUAAACCUUCCCCUAUCGCGGGAAACGUGUGACCACCGUGUUGUAGUUGUGUGUUGUGUGUAUGUGGCAACCAAAACCCGCUAGAGAAGGGACGCUUAUCUCUGCUAUCGGUGUACUACUGCGUAGUGCAGUGCAGCAGAAGCGACCCCGAAGCGGACUGAAGGUUCAUGAAUGUGUGUGAUAAGCGUAUGACUGGGAAUAUGAUUGGUAUUGGAAUGCGAGAUGUACACAACGAGAAAAAAUACACGGCAGGCGGGCUGCUGCCCCUGCCAACACGUACGGUUUGCCUUCAAGUACACAGUAAAGCACACGGACGGAGCACAAUGUUGAAGCACCAGGAGUAGUUUCAAUACUUUUGUUUUGUUUAAUAGUAUGCGAUUGUAAAACAAAAAACCUAAACUCAGUUUGAAGCGUGUUGGUGCGGGAAGACAGCUCUCAAAACCGUGACAAACGGAUGGAACAACCUUAUGAGAAAAGCAUGUUUUUUCGAUAACGCACUUGGAACAAGAGAAAAGAGCAUAUUGAUAAGCUGAGAUACAGUGAGAGAAAGAGAGAGAGAAAAGGAGAGCUGAGAACACAAUGUACAUAUGAACAAUAGAUUAAUAUUAGCGAUUAAGAUUGUAAAGAAGAGGGAGAGACGGUGGUGAGAAAAGUCUGCAACAAUCUACUUACGAAGCAGAAAGAGAUACGUAAACAAAAUCGACAACAAUGAGACCGAAUUUGACGGGUGCAGACAAGCGCACUAUGUGUGUGUGUGUGUAAUGAAGCAAGUGGAGAGGGAAAAGAUACAAACCAUGAUGUAAAAACGAUCCACACAAAUCAGCUCAUGGAUAUAUAGAAAUCAGAAGUGUCUGUAACACCACAGACAAGCCAGGAACACAUUAGAGAAAAAGUCCCAAUCGGAAUCAGUUUGGGAGAGAGCUCCUACGAGAAGGAUUAUUUCUAUACUUGGAACGGCGGUAAACUGGAGAUACAAACAAGAAUUGAACGCGUGAUCCCCGACUAUUCCUAUUGUCAGAGAGAAGAAGUGGUGGAAAUUUCGCGCAGUGAAUUGAAGCACCUUUUUUUGGAAAAUUUUCGAGCAGCGCAGCAGGGUUGCGAGGAGAAAUGGCACCCCUUCAAGUGGUGCUCUCGCCUGACCCUUGUGCCACAUGUUAACUGGAUUGUAAUGAGACUAUUGCGGAUCCAUGCAAGCAGGAAGAGGAUGGUUGCAAUGAGCAGGAUACGUAUUUUAGCAUCCCGUAUUUGCUCUGAUGGCUCACAGAGGUGAUGAACCUCUGAGAUGAGACGACUGCAAAUGUGUUUCUUUGCUAUAUGCUGCACCAUCAGUUUGCGUUUGGGCCGCAGUUAGUUCGGGUGUAUGCAUGCAAUGCAAUAAUUGAGACUGACGAUAACAAUUGUUGAACUGAAAGCCAAAAGCUAACAUGAUAAGCCUGCUCGCGUGAAAAAGGAGUUUCGGCUUUGCAUCAAAUCCAAUUCUUGCCAGUUGACAUCUGUGGCCUGUGAGUGUAAAGAGUUCGAGGCGUGUAGAGUUUUAGUCAGUCAAAACAGAAGGGAACAACAGCGACAAACGCGCAUUGAGUGCGAAUGAAGGAGGAGAGUCUUAGCCGCGGCCCCAUCUUUGUUUUAUCUAUUUUUGGGAUCAGUGAAAGGACGAUCCUCUUUUCUUAACGGCCUUUGACGAUCCGGGAUAGGUUUUUGUUCUGUGCAUACUUAAAAAGACGAAAAAGACGGUAGUGGGCGGCUCGGCUGGGCUCUAGUGAUUCAAAUGCAUCAUCUUCCACACCAUUUAUUCUGCGAUCCGUGUUCGAUAUGUGCUCUUUCAAAUUGCGAUACUCCUAUACCCCAUACUUUGAGGCCUCUCUUCUGCUCGACUUGAGCGGGGGCUAGUGGGAAAUUAAUUUAGACUAAUUGUGCGUGCGUAUGAAUGUGAAUGGAAGAGAUGAUGGUCAAGAAUGACUGCGUAUUGCACGAAUUGGGAUAUUAGGUGUGUACGAUACGUUGAUGUGAAUGCGUGAUACAGGAAUGUUAGUUGUGACCAUCGAUAAGAGUGAAUGUUGCAUUUCGAAUGAAUGGGAAGAGACAAGAUGAAUGUGUAAACGUCUGUGUGCGUGUGUUAAUUUACUUUUACAAGUUAGAAAAUUGGAGCAAAUCGAAUGACGUCGGCUGCAGAGACAAACAAAUGGAAUUCGCGGAGUAUUCCGCACAUUAGAUUGUGCCAUAUACAGUUUUUUUUUCAAACACCUCAUUGGUCGGGAAGAUAAAUUUCUUUUGUAAAAGUGUGUGAUACUCUUUCAUCAGGCCAGCAGCUCUAUUUCCAUCCAACAUCGAGAGCUCCUCACAAAAGAUGAGUUUAGCGAAUACAAAAUUGUACACCAUCAAUAGGCCAAAGUAUCCACACAAUAAGGGGAAUCUUCGGUUGGGAAAAUUAUCUUCUACCAAAAUGUCGGGGAGUAACCAUCAUCCUUGUGUGUGUGGCCAAUCGUAAUAAAACCAACGAUCUAGGUUGCUUACCCAUUUGGACGCCAUUGGGACUCGAUGGCCAUCAAAAGGGUAGAAGCAAGUCCUUUUUAAAAUAAAAGGAUCAUCAUUAGAUGCCUUUUUAGAAGUUUAGGGGCCUAAAGUGGUUUUUUCGUAGGAUCCCCCUAUAUCGGUGUUGGCAGAAUGUUGUCUCUCUUGAGUAUUAUUCCGGUAAUAGCGUAUGGUUAACUCAUUUAACUCAUCGACAAAAAAAGAAAACAAACAUACGUAUAUAGACGAUGCAAAGCGAGGAAUGUGACAACAAAAAGAAAAGAAAAAAAAACAGCAAAACAAUUACUUCAACGUACCUGCAUUUUACACGAAGACAAUUAAGAUAUGAAGACAUGUCCAGAAUCAAAACGCUCUUUAAGAAGUAAAGAUCUGAACUGUGUUUUUUACGGACGUGUGGUGUGGUGGGAAAGGACAAUUCUGAUUUGGUGUAGACCUCCAAGUGUGCUAAUUCAUAUUGCCUACUACUAGUUGAAAAUAAAGCAAAUCCAAUUUUAGGUUGUUGAAGGAAGCGCAUUAUAUAAAUUGUAUUGAUGAAAUCUAUUCGAAAAGCACGAAACACGUUAGUCGUCAAACAAGCCAUCGCUUCCGAACAUCCGGUCCGGUUUUCGAUCACUACACCUUGGCUUGUGUGUGAUCUAGGUAGUUAAUGGGUGUAGAAUAAUUUUUUUUGAAUAACCUACGAGAAUUAACAUUUGCAAAAUUGUUCCAAUUCGAUUUAUGACGAUGCGAAAUUUUGCUUUCAAAUAUAAUUUUGUUAAAGCCAGUGUCCUUUUAAGGGUGAUCCACACCACAUGCGGAUGAAAAAAGAAAACCAGACGUAAGAACGUGUUAAAAAAAGAACUUAAACGCAACGCGGGCGAGAAGCGUGAGCUCUCCGUGACUAUUUUACCCGAGAUAUACGAAAGCUAGUAACAUUCAACGCCAACAAAACAAGCAAAUCGAAGAUUCCUCACAAAUCAAAGCUAUUUUUUCCUUAAAGGUAGGUCAAGCUAUAAUCCCCUGGCGGGUGCAGUUCACGCAAUUCGUUCAAACUUCGAUGAAUUCUCAUUUAAUAUUCCGACACAAAUUGUGCACCACGACGGUAUUCCAAAACUUCGGUUAAUCUUAAUAUAAUAUUUUACAGCAGCAAUGCGAUGAUAAUGAAUUGAUUACAAAUAGCACUGAUCAAACUUUGAUUGAGCUUCAGGACAAAAAAGCAAACAGUAUUCCGAUAGCUUAUCAUGAAAUUUGGCGAAACGUGAAUGCUCAACAGGGGAGACAGCAUAGAAACAACAUCAACAAUGGCCUAUUGAAGAUAGCAGUUUUUAAGUGGCUUUGAUUUGUGAAACAGGAGAGAGGGAGAGAGAUAUGAAGUGGGAAUAAGAGCAGAGCAGAGUGGAUAUAAAACAAACAUUAAUUCAUUCCCAAUUAUAGCACAGAAAGAGAGAGAGAACUAAUGAACUGAAGCAGAACAAUAACAUCGAAAUGAUACAUCUCAUAAUUCCAUCACAAAAUGGGACUGCUACCACAAACUACUUCUGCUUGUUAACAGCGAGGAGAAAAAAUAAUGUACAAAUCGGGUGUAUGAUGUGUGUGUGUGAGUGCGGGAUUAGGCACAAUCAAAUCAGCGUGUCGUGUUGAGCGUGUGUGUGUGUGUGUGUGCUUGCGUAUGUGUCCUCGGAGUGAGCGAUUUUCUUACUCUAAAUCUACUCCUAUUGGUGUUAAGUAGCAAAUGGAAUCGGCGAGUUUUUACACAAAAUACCAUCCAAUCGAGAAUAAUAUUGUCGUAUUAUAAAUCAGGAGGAAAACAAGACGAACCCUUUGUCUUUGCCCUAUGGCGAUGGAGCAGGGAAGACUACUAAUGCGUUUGCGCGUGCGCCUGUGUACGCAAAUGCAUCUGAAAUGGCGCACACAUCUUAACGGUGUUACGCAAAGUUAGGAAAAAUCGUUUUUAAUGUUUUAUCACCCACAACAGAGACGCGCACACCAUCCAAAGUAGUGCAACAAUCAAUCAAUAUCUAACGAGUGAGUAAAAAGGAACCAAGAGCAGGGAAAAGUGGUAAAACAAAUAGCAAUGGUGUGACGUGUAAAACGUGACGGAGGAGAAAAGAAGCACAAUAGAAGAGCGGGAAGAGAAAAGCAACUACAAGUCGUGUUUUUGUGGAAGGGAGAAAGUUUUAACACACACGUUGUUUUACUACAGCGAACAAAAUCAACCACAACAAUGAAAAUCAAUCAGUACAUGAAAAUCAAGCAACAGGAAAAUAAACACAAGAAUCAAGCAACAACAGCAAAACAAAACAUGUAAAAACGAUCAAACAUGUCUUCCCCUAAUCUUUGGUGUGCAGGGCGAACGACGAUAAAUGUGAGAACGACACGGUACCUGAAAUUUGUAAACGUUAACGUAGGAAUAGGUUUAGACACGAUUUUAACUCACAAAGAGAGAUAGUACGAGAGAGAAAAAAUGGAACAACAACAACAACCACAACCAGAAGAAAAACAACCCGACAUCAGA